AUGUCGACAACCGACCAGGUUAUCCAUAGCGCAGACCGGGGCCCCCCAUCCCUGAUAGCGGGUCUGACACACCGCCCAAUGUCACUGUCAGUCCUGAGUCUACCCCCACCACGCCCACCACCAUUGCCCCAUACAGCAAACCCCUCCCCCAGGUACUACUGCUGCAAUCCCGGCACUGGCAUGCCCAUCUUCUGCGGCAUCCGGAAGAGCCUGCAGGAGAUCUUGAGCUCCAAGCACACGUCGUCCAUGUACAGCCUGGUGCCUAUGAUGUACUCCCAGGCAGAGCUAUUCUACAGUCCCAGGUGCAAGAGAAACGACGGCGUAAACGACGCGGGGGAAUCGGCCGCGAUGCCCGGCGGCGGGAUCACCUCGGCGUGGAAGGGGCUCAAGAUCGAAGUAGCGCCAAACCCGAAAGCUCAUCUUCAUUUCAACUCUGCAGUACGGCAGGCUGUGGAGAAGUACUCGGACGUUCUCUCCAGCAUGAAAUGCCACCACAUGGAAGACAUCAUCAAAGAGGUCAUGCGGCUUUGCCCGCUGCUGAGGAAUGAGGUGACCGUGAAAAAUAAAGUACGAAGGGCCAUCAAGUCGUACAUUUGCAACGCUGUCACCCACUACAAGCGAAAGCAGCGUAAUAAGGCGCUGUGUUACAGUAGGCGUACUGCCCAGUGCAGUUACCCGUUACCACGCAACCAGGAACCCGAGCGCAUCGCCGAGCCGCAUUCGCCGGACGUGGAGGACUUUUUCGGGGACUCAUCUCGUUCCUACCAAGACGAACUGAUCGACUACUCCAAGGUGGGGCAUGGUGCCUCUGUUACCAUAGGAGGCGCUUCUCCACAGGAAAGCACCGUCGCUUACCCUCAAAGGUAA